CGGUGGCGGUGGUGGUGGUGGUGUUGGUGUAGUAGUACGGACGGUAUGAAAAAAUGAUGUGAUCGACGGUCAUCAUGGCGGCACCCAUGUUAAAGUGGAAGAAAAUUGCGAAUCCGACCGGGCCCCAGCCGAGACCCAGGCAUGGGCACCGCGCAGUCGCCAUUAAAGACCUUAUGGUCGUUUUUGGCGGUGGUAACGAAGGCAUAGUCGACGAGCUGCAUGUUUACAACACGGCAACAAACCAAUGGUUUGUACCGAUCACGAAGGGAGAUAUACCGCCAGGUUGUGCAGCAUAUGGCUUUGUUGUCGAUGGCACGCGGAUCUUGGUUUUUGGUGGAAUGGUAGAGUAUGGCAAGUAUUCGAACGAACUGUAUGAACUUCAAGCAAGUCGAUGGGAGUGGAAACAUUUGAAGCCAAAGCCACCUAAAAUCGAACCACCUCCCUGUCCACGAUUGGGACAUAGUUUUACUCUCAUUGGUAACAAGGUCUUCCUGUUUGGAGGUCUAGCAAAUGACAGUGAUGAUCCAAAAAAUAACAUACCCAGAUAUCUCAAUGAUCUGUACACGCUCGAGCUUCUUCCAAACGGUCAGACAGCUUGGGAGGUGCCCCAGACACGCGGACACGCGCCACCUCCCAGAGAAUCCCAUACUGGCGUAGCGUAUACUGAUCGUAACACCGGCAAGUCUUGCCUAGUAAUUUAUGGUGGUAUGAGCGGAUGCCGUUUGGGUGAUUUGUGGUUUCUCGAUGUGGACACGAUGACCUGGAACAAACCAACGGUUCACGGACCUACUCCUCUACCACGAUCACUUCACACUGCCACUUUAAUUGGUCAUCGAAUGUUCGUUUUUGGCGGAUGGGUGCCAUUAGUCGUCGAUGAUGUUAAAGUCGCAACGCAUGAGAAAGAAUGGAAAUGCACAAGCACACUAGCAUGUUUAAAUCUUGAAACACUUACCUGGGAGCAACUGACCGUCGAUUCUAUGGAAGAAAACGUCCCACGUGCUCGUGCAGGACACUGCGCAGUUGGUGUGCACAGUAGACUCUACGUAUGGUCUGGAAGAGAUGGUUAUCGUAAAGCUUGGAACAAUCAGGUCUGCUGCAAAGACUUGUGGUAUCUCGAAGUUAGCAAACCAGCGCCGCCUUCCAGAGUCCAACUUGUUAGAGCUUCUACACAGUCGUUAGAAGUUAGUUGGACAGCGAGUCCAUCUGCUCAAUAUUACAUCCUUCAGAUACAAAAAUAUGACAUGCCACCGACAGCAACUGGGACCGGAUUUCCACCGACGAGCGUACCAGCGCCAACCACGGCGCCUGUUGUCAGUACCACUCCUGCGACAGCGACGACUCCAGCGAUAGUAGCGGCAACUCCAGUGGUGACUCCAGCAACGAUUCCCGUCACGACUCCGCCCGUGACUACCGUUGCAGCUCUUCCUCCGACCACUUCACCCGCUGCUGCUGCUACCGCUAGAUCGUACGUAGUGGCGGUAGCAUCAUCUCCAUCCCGAGUCCAGCCUACCGUGCAAAGUCCCGUGCAGAAGGUAGUGCCAGCAGCAAUACAAAAACCAACAAGUCCUCUGACCCCGAGAGUCGCAUCCGGCAACGUCAUACGAAUUCGUACUCCUCACGUCGCGUCUACUCCAACGGCAGCAGCGACGGCAAUGGUUGCUGUAGCUACGACCGAACAGCAGGCCACAGUAACUACUACAACAACUGUGACAUCAGGCCAAACACCCGCUGCUAUGUCCGGAAUUGCUGCUUUGGCUGCUGCAGCAGCAGUUACCCCGAAGAUCACAACCAUGAACAACGUUCCCACUAUGCAGACCGUAACUGCAACUGCAACAGCAACUGCGACCACGACCAACACUAUAAAAAUGAAGAAUGUACAACCUGGCCAGCAGAUACGCUUUGCUGCUCCUGGCUCUACAGUGUUGCGCACCGCAUCGCCCCAGCAAAGCAAACAGAUCAUUUUGCAGAAACCCGGUCAACAAAUAUUACACCUUGUAAAGACCCAGCAAGGCAUGGUAGUGCCUACCAAAGUGAGCCUAAUUCCUAGCAAAGGAGCUGUCCAGGCAACCGGCACGAAAGCGCUCAGUCAGGGACCGACAAUACUGCGUCUGGUGAAUCCCAAUACUGUGCAGGGUGGGAAGAUCAUGACUAUGAAAACGUCCGGCAUAGUAGUGAGCAAGGCACCAAAUAUUGCCGGCAAACAAACUAUAAUGAUCACCAAACCUGGCGGCAAUGGCGGUUUGGUCGGCAGAACCAAUCAAUUUAUAGUUGUUACAACCGGUUCAGGUUUAAGAGCUGUACAGGCUGUGACUACUACACAGGCUGGUGCAGGACAAGGUACAACUCCGGUAAAUGUAGUACCGCUAUCAGCUGCAAAUCAUGUCACGAAUCAACAAGGAGUCAAAAUGAUUGUUGUCUCCUCGGGUGCGAUGGUCGGCGGAACUGCUGGCAAGCCUAUAACCAUCACGGUUCCGGGACAAGGUGGUGUGUCAAAGACAGUGACCAUUGCUACGAAGGGUAACGCCCAAGCUAUCCUUAAUCCUGGCAAAGGUCAAAUUGUUACGGUGCCUCAGAUACAAAAAGCUUCUGAAGCUGUAACAGUAUCUGGGAAGCCAGUAACUCUGCAAAUGUCCGGAGGCAUAGGUGCGAAGACAGUGACGCUCAUGCCUACAAGUAGUUCCAUAGUAACUACUUCAGGCACGUCCGAUUCACUAGAUACUAGUAAAGUGCUCUUCGUUCCUACUUCACAGAAGCAGCCUUCAGCUUCGUUAGCUUCUACGUCUGAUGGACCUGCCACUACUGAUGCAGCUUUAGCUGCAUUAGCAGCAGAGGCAGGUUUAAUAGAUCCUGUUCAGGAACCAUCCGGAGGUUUGUCUUUUAUGGUAGCCACUGAUGAUGGUGCUGGCGGCGAUGAUAAGAUGGAUGACAGUUGUAACGGAAAUGAAGCGACUACAGCAGCUGCUCUGGUUUCUCAAAUAGGCGCGGGCGAGCCGAUGCAAGUGGAUGGCGAUGGAAAUUUCAUACUUCCACAAGUGGACGGUCCAAUGGAUACUCUUUUAUCUGACGACGAGAAGAUGGAUGCGGACGAGGAGCCUACCCUGCAAAAUGUCACAGAAUCGGCUAACGUCGACGAAUCAGCAGCAAUCGCUGAACAAGAUCCGCCAGAAAAUGUUCCACUGGAAGAAUCUAUCUUAAAGGACGAAGUUGCUUCGUCUGAAGCGACAACAGUUGAUCUUCCUGAAUCGGUCGCUGUCACCGCCGACGAAGCUCCUGAAAAAACGGAAGGAAAUACCGUUGAAAAUCAGUCAAACGAUACCGAAAUGAGCACCACUUUGGAUACUUCUGAUAAUGCGGAAUUGCCAAUUGAAAAAGAAACAGAGGAUAAUCUUAAUCCGUUGGAUGAAACUAAAGAGGCAAAGUCUGAGUUGCCUUUAUUGCAAUCACCUGCAGAAGCUUCAUCUGAACAGACAUCUCUGACGGAGGUCGCAGAUCCGGCAGCGGAAACUCAACAAGAUGAAACCACUGUCGUGAAAGACGAAAAGAGUGAACCGUUUGACGAAAAAGAAAAGUUCUUGGAAUCUAUAAAUUUGCCUACUGAGGAUACAGAUAUGCCGCAGCUCCCACCGGAUGAAGUUCAAAACAUUGAAGAGAAGAAAGAACCAGAAGCCGAUCUUCCGGUCGAAAGUUCUCCUCUCGUAAAAUCCGAGGAGACCCAUGAGCCGAUGGAUACCGAUGAUAUUAAAUCAACUUCUCCGAUAGAUACAGCAAAUAUGACGCCAGUAACGACUUCCGUUGCCACGCCGAGCAUACAAAUGAAACUCGAAGAGAAAGAAUCUGUGGACGAGGAGAAAUUAACCGAACCACCGGUAUCAUCGAUUAACGGAGUCGCAACGCCUCUCGAGAAAGAAACGGAAAACGUAAAGAAAAUACAUACUCCUGUAAAAAUGGAUAUACCAGACGAUUCUGUUAUUCCAAAGAGAGAAACUAUGAAUCAGGAAAAGAUUAACGACGCCAGAUCGGAGACUGGUGACGAUUCGACGGCUUUAACAACAUUGGCUACUGCCGCUUUAGGAUCGGCAGAGUCCGCGGUCAAAGUUAAAAAUGAACAGAGCGAAGAAGAAAAGAAAGAGGCAGAAUGGUAUGACGUAGGAGUGAUAAAAGGAACCAAUUUUACAGUUCAACAUUAUUUUCUUCCUGGUGACAAGCCUUUAGAUAUAACACAGUCUUUGACUAUGGAUGUUUUUAAAGACAGAUCUAAAGUAUCACUAGAACCCGGAACUGCCUACAAAUUCAGAGUAGCCGCUGUGAAUAGUUGUGGACGAAGUGCCUGGAGCGAGGUAGCGGCAUUCAAGACGUGUCUUCCGGGAUUUCCGGGUGCACCGAGCGCAAUAAAGAUUUCGAAGUCCGGAGACGGCGCACAAAUAUCUUGGGAACCACCGCCCAGCAAUGUUGGGCCGAUACUCGAGUAUUCUGUCUAUCUAGCAGUGCGAAGUACCGCACUGAACAAUGACGGAGAAUCAAAAACGGUCGCGUCGACACCAACUCAGUUAGCUUUUAUUAGAGUCUAUUGCGGUUCGAGUAACUCCUGUUCAGUGAACAAUAGUGCCCUUAACGCCGCUCACGUGGAUACCACUACGAAACCGGCCAUAAUAUUUAGAAUAGCAGCACGAAACGACAAGGGAUACGGACCGGCCACUCAAGUCAGGUGGUUACAAGCAGAUCCACAACAUCAUCCGCAUCAUACAACCACCUCCGUAAAGAAUCCCCAGCAAGCGAAAAGACCCGCUCUUACUGAGUUACGCGCGCAAGGAACUUCUCCGCAGAAGAAGAUGCGACUCGAUACAAGCAGUGAUAAUUUUUCGUGAGCCUGUUUUAAAACGCAUCCUGGCCUCGUACAGCCAAAACUUUCGCAAACGAUGCUACUCACUAUUUAAUUUCUUAAUACGCCUAACAACGAUGAUGAAAUCAGUGAAUGGUUUUUCUGGCUUAUUCGUAUACCACAUAUGAUAAAUAUAAUAUAUGCUAGUAUUUUUUAAUGUGAUAUACGAGUAGAUCAAAAAAAAAAAAAAAAAANAAAAAA